AAGAUUCUGAUGAUUGUGACAUGUAUCCUAAGAAGCUAUAUUCUGAUCCAGUAUACCCAGGUUCAGUCUUCGAGGCUCUGGAGAACAUGAUGUUGUAUUCGGUCCUCACUGACUUGACCAUCUACACAGAGGACGGACAUCAAUUCCAGGUUCAUUCUAUUGUCCUGGCUGCAGUCAGUUACCUUAUUGAGACGAGGCUCAGACAGAAGCCCAAACAAGAACGGUUUUUUGCAUUGUGUUUGGGGCCCGAGGUUCAUAGUUCAGGUUUGGCAGCAGUGGUGGAGUUUGCCUAUACAGGGAGCAUCAGCAUUCUGAACAAAGACAAUAUGGAGAUGGUCUGGACUGCAGCUGUCAGCCUGGAAGCUCAGAGAGUUCUGGAACACUGCACUGAAGAAGAACAAAGAGAACAGGACAAGGCAAGAGGGAAGAAAGAAGACAGAAAAAGGAUUUCUGCUAAGGAACAUAUGAAUGAUAGUCUACAGCAUAUCAGACAGCUGUGGGCACAGAGAGUGGGAUGUGAUGUGGAGCUGGAAGCAGAGGGAAGAGUGUUUCAUGCUCACCGGGUGCUCCUGGUUGCCAACAGUGACUACUUCAGAGGCAUGUUUACCACCGGUAUGAAGGAGAGCAGGCAGGAAUUGGUGUCUCUGCUGUUAGUCAGGGCUGACAAGUUUGAGGCCCUCCUCCACUACAGCUAUAGUGGGGCUCUUGCUCUUGGAUGGGGCUGCGUGUUUGAUCUCACCUGUACAUCUCUUCAAUUACAGUUUCAAACUGCCUUCUCACUAUGCCUUAACUUCCUGCAACAAGAAAUAGAUGCUUACAGCUGCCUGGACGUUGUAUCUUUCGCAGAGGCCUAUGGAAUGGCUGACCUACUUACACUUGCCAAUGACUUCGUCUUGAGGCACUUUCAAGAUGUGUCCAUCACUCCUAAGUUCCACGAUCUUCCUGUAGAAAAAUUGAAGAAGUACCUUCAAAGCAAUUCCCUCUGCGUUCAAUCGGAGUUGCCCGUGUUCAGAGCAGUCAUGUCUUGGAUCGAAGCCUUUCCCAUACAACGGGUGAAACUCGCCAGGGAGCUGAUGAGAAACAUCCGGUUUCCCCUCAUGACCUUUAUGGAGUUCAAAGAAGUCAAGUCUAUAACGUCUUGGCUGGGAAUUGGUGCCAAAAAACUCUACAGGUCUGUCAAUAAGGAGUUCUUCAACAGUUCUUCAGAUGUCCAGUCAAAUUUCAGGGUCUACAUGCCUAAAGACACUCUAGUCCUUGUUGGGGGUGAGAGAAUCACUGAUAAUUUUGACAAACGUAGACCCUGCAGGGAAAUGUGGUUUAGCAAUUCUUUGCAGAACCACGUCGGAUUGGUGAAGAAAGUAGAGUGGAGAAUGCUGGGAACUUUACCUGAGAAACCAAGAUUCAGCCAUGGAGUUGGGGUGAUGAGAGGGAAGCUUUACGUAGUUGGUGGACGGCAUUAUUAUGGAAAAGCUGAUACCAUGAAAUGCACCUACAUGUACGAUCCCAUCCAAAACACUUGGCAAAGGUUGGCUGAUAUGCAUGAGAGAAGAGGCAGCUUCACUUUAGUCGUCCUGAAUGGUAAACUAUAUGCUAUUGGGGGAGAGAGAGACUCAGAGGUCAACAUGGAGAGCGUAGAGGUCUACUGCCCCAACGCAAAUUCUUGGAGUUUUGUCUGCCCAUUAGACCAAGGUCUAUGCUGUCAUGCAGCCAGUGUAUGGAAUGGCGCAAUCUUCCUAUCCGGAGGCUUUAACAGCCAGUACCAAUGCCUAUCGUCUAUGAUCCUUUACCAUCCAGAACGAAGAUCCACUUACCUGGCUGAGAUGAGAAAUAACAGAGCCCUGCACUGCAUGGAGACUCUGGGUGACCAUCUGUACGUGGCUGGUGGGGUUUCAUGCGAUGCUGAUGGCAGUCUGGCAGAUCAAUUAGCCUGUGAGGUUUAUGAUCCUGUGUCCAACUCCUGGAGUGCCAUUAUGCCAUUUCUAGUGCCACAUGUAGGGGCAGCAUCAGCAGUCUUAGAGGGGAAGGUCUACAUAAUUGGAGGCUACUGCAAUGAGAACUACAGUGAUACCAAAUCAGUGCACCGCUAUGAUCCUGCAACGAAACAUUGGGAGAACAUGAACGUGACACCAGGCCCGAACACAUUCAUAGCUGCCUGUGUGUUGCCCAUACCUACUCACCUUAGACAGUAAAAGGAGAAUAUCCUAAAUACAAUAAAUGGUCAAUACACACAGCAAUGUAAGGGUUGAGUAUUAACUCUUUCCUCACCAUUGAUGGAAUUUUCCGUCAUUUAUGAGACAACGCUUCUCCGCCAUUGAUGGAAUUUUCUGGCUUUCCGUGUAUUUGAAAUAAACUUGUUUUAAGAUAAGUAUACUACAAAUACAUUUACAUAUUUAUACAUUUACAUAAUACCCUGCCAUUGUACUUUUGGUAUACUAAAUUAAUAUACUUAAAGUCUGCUAAAUUGGAACAACUUAUUUUGUACUUAAUGCACUUUAGUUAUCCGGAAGUAGUGCUGAUAUCCAACUAAAGAUAUACUUAAGUAUAUUUGUUUGUGCUAAAAUGGAAAUAUUACAAGCAUAGGCGCCAAUUUAUGUUUCUGUCGGUGGGUGCCCACACUCCAUAAUCCGUUUUAAUUUUUCAAGAGUACUAUCUUAUUUUCCGUUUGAUGGUGCGUUUGAUGAAUUCAUUACACAAAAGAUAUUCAUGUCUCGUGAAGAUAAAUGCACAGACUGCAAAUAUUUGAAAUAACAAAACCAACCAACCAAACAAAAACACUUUCUUUCCAUGAGUGUUGUCGUGAGUCACUCUCUCACUGAUAUAGGCCUACCUGAUGAUCAGUAGCGGUUCACUAAAUAAAAUAAUUUAAUAAAUACCUGUUUACAAUAAGCGUUUAACCCAAGAGCACGUAGAGAGGCACAGGACAAUGUUUGCGCGUCCACACGCAAUAUCUUGUGACCACUGUAUAUUUGAGAGAGCGUGUCCAGUUUUGUGUUCCACAAUAUCUCAUAUUUUCCGUGGGUGCUCGACCAUUUCCAUGGCUGCUCGAGCCUCCGAAUACAAGUAUACUUUAGGUGUCUUUAAAUAUCUUGUAUUUAAAGACUGAUAUUAUACAGUGAUCAUACUAUCCUUACUAAUAGUGAUAUUAAACACAUUUUAGGCUUAAUAUUGAGAAAUGUG